AUGAAAGACAGAAUAGAGAGCUCCGAACAAUCAGUUAUUAAACUGAAAAGACACAUGGAAAACGGCACUUGUCCGCCGGACUUGCGUUACGACGCAAAAGCGAACAUUUUUCCAGACGAGGACUUCAAGUCCGACAUUAAAGCCAUCCGAAAGGAGGCUGAGCAGAAAUUUUUAGGAGCGCUCACUAGGUUUCACAACCGUCGCAUCGACCGCAAUCAGGCACAAUUGCGAAAAGCCACAACUUGUAAUAAGAAUACAUUAGUCAAAGCAGGCAAAAGUCAAUCUGACUCAUGUAACAUUCCAGAAAGUUUAAAAGCUAUAACAGCUAACCUAGAGAAACGCCUUGAAGAAGUAAAUGCAAUGCUGUACGACCUUAAAGAGGCAAACAAUAAAACUGUUGAAACUUAUACUCGUGUGGUCUCUGACUCAGGGUCUAGUAAUAAGAAGGACCACGGGAUUAGAAAGCGCAAAUUUAAGAACAAAAAACACACAGAAAGACGAAAGAAAACCCGCAAAGAUAUUAGAGCUAUGAGAACAGAAUCCAAUAGAAAAUACAUAAAGAACCUCUCCAAUCUAGAACUUACAAAUGAUCAGAUAAAUCUGCUCUCUCGUGGAUUAAAAUUUGUCCCUACGCCUACAACAAACGAAACCGCAUUAAGAAAACAACUCCUUACAGACUUCAAAGAUUUUGCUAGGAGAAUGCGGCUCCAGUUUAUAUAUCACGGCAAGGACAAAAACAUCCACCCCUUCUACGUUAAGUCAAACUGGGAACCACCAGUUCAACAGUCUGUCACCCUAGAGAGCUAUCUAGAAGAAAUUAAAAUACAACUUGCGCACACACCGAUAACCAAAGCUAUACCCAACCUACCGCUAAAUGAGAGAAAAGCUAUCACAGAGCUAAAAAACAACUCUGAAAUAAACGUCAAGAAAGCGGAUAAAGGUACUACCACAGUCAUAAUGAACAAACUGGAUAAAACACACGAGGGGCAGACCCUGUUAGACGAUGGAAACAACUACACACCCCUCGAAGACCCCAUGGCAGGGGCAACUUUCCAAAAAGUGAAACAAAUAGUCGAAGAACUACAUCAGGGAAGUUUUAUUGACGAAAUGACUGUUAAAUGGUUAUCACAGACACCUAACCCACCCAGAAUACCUGUCUUCUACACUCUCACAAAGAUUCAUAAGCCAACUCCUGUUGGCCGUCCUAUAGUGGCAGGAAACGACGGACCCACCGAGCGAAUAUCAUCAUUCGUUGACAGCCUACUUCAGCCUAUAGCUAAGUCACAAAAGUCCUAUCUUAAGGACACAACUGACUUUAUUAACUUCAUAGAAAGGAGAAACCUCCCAGGGGACGUUUUCCUAGUCUCCUUAGACGUUACUAGCCUGUACACAAAUAUCCCACAGGAAGAGGGAAUAAACACAGUAUGCAAAGCAUACCAGACUUUCUACGGGGAAAACACCCCCAUCCCCACACAAUCCCUCAGAAGAAUCCUUAA